ACGACUACUAGCACAGGAACAACACCAGAGCUCACUACGACCACGAGCUUCUUCACUUCCGAGCUGCCGACGACCUCAGCAUUACCAGAAGGCUUCCGCUUUGAUAUUCUUUUCCUCAUCGGCGUCAGCAAGGAAUCGAAAGAUCGCUUGGAUGAUAUGAACCGCUUUGUUACGUCAGUGAUGUCUGCUUACGACGUGUCGCAGCGAAACGCCCGUGUAGCACUGGUAGCUGUCGGAAGUGAUGAAGUUGGUUCGACGCCUAUUGCAAAAUUCGACACCAUUUAUUCGUACCGCAGUCUUCUUCAAUAUAUCGAUCGCAUAAAACGAAACACGGAUUUCAAACAUGACGGACAGGCGGCAGAAGAGGCAUUCUCAAUUGCUGUGCUGAAGAGCUUUCAUGAAUUCUGGAUAUCGAACCUAUCUCAAGAACCAUGUGAUCGUCUACGUUACAGCCACUACAAAAUUCGACGAUGA